AUGGCUGUGAAAUCUUUGGACCUGCUCUUCAGAACUCUGGAUGAGUUGGAGUCUUCAGAGCUGAAGCGGUUCAGGACGUACCUGUCUGAGAGGACGGUGGAGGGGUUUGAGCCCAUCCCCAGAGGAAAGCUGGAGGACAAGGAUGCUACUGAUGUUGCCUUUAUGAUGAACAAAGCCUAUGAGGAUGAAGGCUCAGUGAAAAUGACUCUAGCCAUACUGAAGAAGAUGAACCUCAAGAACCUUGCUGGCAAACUAGAGAGGGAUGCUGCUGAGUUAAGAAAGAGAGAUGAUGCAAUUCUGCAGGAAGUCAAAGCAAAACACAAAAAGUGGAUGAUACAGAAGUUUAGUGAGAUUCAUGAGUGUAUUGAGGAUGGGAAGAACAAAACACUCCUGAAUAAGAUGUACAUAGAGCUCUACAUCACAGAGGGAGAGAGUGAAGGAGUCAACACUCAACAUGAGAUUCGCAGGAUUGAAACACAAACAAAGGCAAACAAAGACAAAAUCAACUAUACUGACAUAUUUAAGUGUUUACUGGAGGAUGAGAAAAUCCGAACUGUAAUGACCACAGGCAUUGCUGGCAUAGGGAAAUCUGUAUGUGUGCAAAAGUUCAUUCUGGAUUGGGCAGAAGGAAGGUCCCAUCAGGAUGUUGAUUUCAUAUUUGCACUUCCAUUCCGCCAGUUAAACUUGAAACAAAAGAAGUCAUACACUCUUCUCAAACUCCUCCUUGACUUUUGUCUUGAACUGGAUGAAGAGGACAUACAUCCCAAAAUGUUCAGAAAGAUGAAGAUCAUGAUAAUCUUUGAUGGUCUGGAUGAGAGCAAACUCCCCCUGAAUGUAGAAGAAGACAUGCAUGAUCCCCUGGAGACUGCAUCAGUGGAUGUGUUGAUAACCAACCUCAUCACAGGCAAUCUACUGCCUAAUGCACUUAUCUGGAUAACCUCCCGACCAGCAGCUGUCAAACGGAUCCCUCCUAAAUACAUAGAUAGGUGGACAGAAGUACAAGGAUUCAAUGACCAACAGAAAGAUGAAUACUUUAAGAAGAAGAUUGGGAAUCCAGCAAAAGCGGACACAGCCAUCGCUCACAUUAAAAGAUCAAAGAGCCUCUACAUCAUGUGUCACAUCCCUGUCUUCUGCUGGAUCUUAGCCACUGUGCUUCUGAAAAUGAUCAAUCUUACCAGUACCAGUGACUUGCCUCAAACACUGACUGAGGUCUAUAUCCAUUUCUUGCUCACUGAGACAAACAGGAAAGUCUUCGAACGUGAUUAUAAAAAACGUCUAGAGACCAACAAAGAUGCUAUUUUGAAAUUAUCUGAACUAGCGUAUAAAGAACUGCUGAAGGGUAAUAUCUUGUUUUAUGAAGACAGUUUGAAAGAGUGUGGCUUCAAAGAAGAAGACAUUACAUUGUACUCUGGCAUGUGCUCUGAGUUCUUCAAGAAUAAAUCCAUGCAGAAUGAAGAUGGACAUCUGGACCUUUUCCUUCGCUUCCUGUUGGGCAUUUCACUCGAGUCCAACCAGAAACUCCUACAUGGCGCUCUGACACGCACAGAGAGCAGUUCAGACAGUCUCAAGGAAACAGCCCAGUACAUCAAAAGAAUUCUGAGUGAAGACAAAAAAGUCCCUGAAAGAUGCAUGAAUCUGUUACUCUGUUUAUUGGAGAUGAAGGACAACACCCUUCAUCAGGAGAUUCAGCAGUACAUGAACUCUGGACAAGAGCUCUCACCUACCCAAUGUUCAAGACUAGCCUACAUGCUUCUUGUAUCAGAGGAAACACUUGAUGAGUUUGACCUGGCAAAGUACAAGACAACAAGAAAGGGUCGUAACAGACUGCUUGUAGUAUUGAAGGCUUGUAGAAAAGCACAAUUGGUUGGUUGUGACCUCAGAGAGGAUUCCUUUGAGGUCAUAUCAUCUGCUCUUCAGUCAGAAAACUCCCUGUUGAAAGAGCUGGACCUGAGUUCCAAUCAUCUGAGGGAUUCUGGAGUGAGGUUGCUGUCUGCUGGGCUGAAGCAUAUGAACUGCAAGCUGGAAACACUGAGACUUGCUGAAUGUAAACUCUCAGGGAAGUCCUGUGGAAUUGUGGCUACUGUUCUACAGUCACCAAACUCCCUGAUAGAGCUGGACCUGAGUCACAAUGACCUGGGAGAUUCUGGAGUUCAGCUUCUCUCUAAGGGGCUGUCUAGUCCCCACUGCAAACUGCAGACAUUAAGGCUCAAUACGUGUGGCAUCUCAGAUGAAGGUUAUGUUUGUCUGUUUCUGGCUCUGAUGUUAAACCCCUCUUGUGUGAAAGAGCUGGAUGUGAACAACAAUCAUUCUCGAGGAUCAGCACAGAAGCUGUUAUCUGCUACACUGGAGGAUCCUCACCGCAAAGCACUUCAACUUGCUAAAUGCAAACUCUCAGAGAAGUCCUAUGGAAUUGUGGCUACUGUUCUACAGUCACCAAACUCCCUGAUAGAGCUGGACCUGAGUCACAAUGACCUGGGAGAUUCUGGAGUUCAGCUUCUCUCUGAAGGACUGUCUAGUCCCCACUGCAAACUCCAGACAUUAAGGCUUGCUGAAUGCAAACUUACAGAGAAGUCAUGUGGAAUUGUGGCUGCGGUUCUACAGUCACCAAACUCCCUGAUAGAGCUGGACCUGAGUCACAAUGACCUGGAGGAUUCUGGAGUUCAGCUUCUCUCUAAGGGGCUGUCUAGUCCCCACUGCAAACUGCAGACAUUAAGACUUGCUGAAUGCAAACUUACAGAGAAGUCCUGUGGAAUUGUGGCUGCUGUUCUACAGUCACCAAACUCCCUGAUAGAGCUGGACCUGAGUCACAAUGACCUGGGAGAUUCUGGAGUUCAGCUUCUCUUUAAGGGACUGUCUAGUCCCCACUGCAAACUGCAAACAUUAAGGCUUGCUGAAUGCAAACUUACAGAGAAGUCAUGUGGAAUUGUGGCUGCGGUUCUACAGUCACCAAACUCCCUGAUAGAGCUGGACCUGAGACACAAUGACCUGCAAGAUUCUGGAGUUCAGCUUCUCUCUAAGGGACUGUCUAGUCCCCACUGCAAACUGCAGACCUUAAAGCUUGCUGAUUGUAAGCUCAAAGAUAAAUUGUGUGAGAUUGUGGCUUCAGUUCUACAGUCACCAAACUCCCUGCUACAGCUGAACUUCAGUAACAAUGACCUGGGGGAUUCUGGAGUCCAGCUUCUCUCUAAGGGACUGUCAAGUUCCAAUAGCAUGCUGCAGAUAUUAAGGCUGGCAGAUUGUAAACUCACAGAUACAUCUUGUGAGAUUGUGGGUUCAGUUCUACAGUCACCAAACACCCUGCAACAGCUGGACUUGAGUGACAAUGAUCUGGGGGAUUCAGGAGUUCAGCUUCUCUGUAAGGGCCUGCCCAGUUCCAACUGCAUAAUACACACAUUAAGGCUCUCUGAUUGUCUCAUCUCAGAGAAGGGUUUUGGUUUUCUGGCUUCAGCUCUGACUUCAAACCCCUCCCAUCUAAAAGAGCUGGAUCUGAGCUACAAUCAUCUUGGAGAAUCAGGACCGAAGCGGCUAUCUGCUAGACUGGAGAUACUUAAAACUGGGGCUUCUGUAAGCAGAGCACGACAACAUUUGCUGAGAGAUGCCUGUGAUCUCACACUGGACCCAAACACAGCACACAGAAAUCUCUCUCUCUCUGAGGGGAACAGAAAGGUGACACGUGUGGAUGAGAAGCAGCCGUAUCCUGAACACCCAGAGAGAUUUGACUACACAGACUACUGUCCUCAGGUGUUGUGUAGAGAGGGUCUGACUGGACGCUGCUACUGGGAGGCUGAGUGGAGUGGAGAUAAUGGAGCUCGUAUAUCUGUGGCCUAUAAAAGCAUCAAGAGGAAAGGGAUCAGUCAUGACCUCAUAAUGGGACGGAAUGCCAAGUCCUGGAGUCUGCGCUGCUCUCCUCUCAGUUACUCUGUCAUGCACAAUAAUGAACCCACUGACAUACCUGCCCCCUCCUCCGGCUCCAGAAGAGUAGGAGUGCACCUGGACUGGCCGGCCGGCACUCUGUCCUUCUACAGCGUCUCCUCUCACACACUCACCCACCUGCACACGUUCCACUCCACAUUCACUGAGCCCCUCUGUCCAGGGUUUAGGGUUGAUUAUUUUGGCUCCUCAGUGUCCCUCUGCCAGAUCACAUGAGCUCCUCCAACAGGUUCGUCCACCUGUCACCCUUUCUCUCAAUCCUCAGUACUCCCCCUCCUUUCACUUUUCACUUUUCACUCUCUUUCUCUCUCUCCCCCUCUUCCUCUCUCUCUCUCUACUCCCUCUUUUUCUCCCCCUUUUUUUUCUCUUUCCCCUUUUCUGUUUUCUCUUUUUUUCCACUUCUCUCUCUCUCUCUCUCUCUCUGUGUUUCUGGUUUGAAUUAAACUGUCUACUUUCUACACUGCGCAACAUUCCGCAGUAGCCACGUAACCGUAGCAACAUCCAUUGUGAUGUAAGCACCUGGUGCUUGAUCUGUGGCCCUGGCAGUUGAGCAUGCUGCAGGAACACCAGAGUCACACACUCCUGUUCAUACACAUGUGUGAUGCUGAGAUGCUGUUGAGAUACUGAUAUCUAUAUUCAAUGUAUAGACUACUGUGUUGGUGAUACUAAACAAAUGCUGAUAUUUUGUGCUUUUCCUGAAUAUGUGGAUAAUAAGAAUGUUUCAGCAACAACAGCAUGCUGUAUUCUGUUAUUUGCUGAUUUUUACAAAAAAUGAUUUGAUGGUCUGACAUGCCAGUGUUUCUGUAUGUGUUUAUACAGAACUAUAAAACAUACUUGUUUUUCUGACUUAAAAUAUGUAAAUAAAAUGUAUUUCUGACUUUAAAAAAAAAUCUGAAAUUAAGUUUUGAAUCUGUUGUAAUUUUACUUUGUAUCAUAGUUUUUUAUGCAAUAACAAAAUAAAGUAUAUGAU